CACCUACUCUUGCACUUCUACAUCCACUUUCAUCAGUUCACUGUCAGACAGCUGCUUUUUAGAAGCAUUUCGUAUCGCGUGAAGCUCCAUAACAUAAAAACGAUCAAGUCUCUAGAUUCUUUACGCACAAAUGUUGUUGUUUUGUUUUUUGUUUUUGCACCAAGGCAACUAAUUUCAAUACACAGAGAGUCUCUCGCGCUGGUGUGUAACGUGAUGCAGUAGUUUCCGUAAAUGGUCUUUACUCGAUGGCGACAGUUCGGUGGCACUGAGCUGCAUGAGGUGCAGCUCGUGCUCCUCAGCAGGAACAUUUCACUUCACGAGCCACUUGACAGCCAUCUAUUUGAGGACUUUAUACUUUUUGUCCACCGGCGGGACUGUAAAAAUACAAUUUCCAUGCGCCUGAUUUCAUUCGCGGAUACUGCAUUUUCUACAGAAGAAUGACUUCAGUGUGGAAAAGAUUACAAAGAGUUGGCAAAAAGGCCACUAAAUUUCAGUUCGUGGCUUCGUAUCAAGAACUUGUUCUGGAAUGUACAAAGAAAUGGCAACCAGACAAACUGAGAGUGGUGUGGACACGGAGGAACAGACGCAUUUGUUCGAAGCUUCAUUCAUGGCAGCCAGGCAUCAAAAACCCCUACAGGGGAAUGGUGGUGUGGCCUGUACCUGAGAAUGUGGACAUUACCGUCACACUAUACAGGGACCCACAUGCGGAUGAGUUUGAAGACAAAGAGUGGACAUUUUUCAUUGAGAAUGAGACAGCAAAGGGCAGUCGGAAAGUUCUGGCGUCUGUGGACUUGAACAUGAAGAAGUUUGCCAGUGCCACACACUCACAGACGGACCUGAUGCUCAAAAUGAAGCCUCUGUCGGUUAAGGUGGUGGAGGCCACGCUGAAGCUCUCCUUAUCCUGUGUGUUCCUCAAGGAGGGGAAAGCUACGGACGAGGACAUGCAAAGUCUUGCCAGUCUGAUGAGUGUAAAGCCAACGGAUAUUGGGAACCUAGAUGACUUUAAUGAGAGUGAUGAAGAAGAGGAUAAAAGAUCUAGUACCGGUGUUAAUCUCAGUACUGCAGUACAAGCACCCCAUCUUCCUCUUCGACCAACACACUCCCAAGAAAAGAGAUCUGCAUCUCUAAAGAGCCCUUCAACAAUAGUCAGUGGUAAGGACAGGCCUGCUGGUGGUGUCCUCUCACGCCCAGUGCCUGGCACUGUUCAUAACCCUGACCUGACAUCACGUCCACCUUUACCCACCCCACCCAGUCCAACCCCUCGCACUAUGCCCUCACCUGCCCGCUCCAGACCACCACGUCCACCACCCAUUUCCCAGCCACAGGCUCCACCUGACUCCCACACAGAGCAAAAUGCUUCUGGUUUGCUCCCUCCAGCAUUGCCCAAAAUCUUCCAGCCGUCCCCUGGCUCAGCUCCUGUGUCCUUUCAAAGAAGACUGUCAGGCUCCGAGGCCCCUCUGGAGGGUCCCGUGACCCCUGACUAUCCUCUGCUCAAACUCCCUCGGGCUUCUCCUUCUUCUCCUUCCGAUCCCUUCUUCUCUCACUCUCCCUCUCCUCCCACUGUGCUCCUGAAAGAUUCUUUUGGAGCACCUCGCACCAAUGUUUUUAAGCCAAAGAUUGUCCCCAGUGCUCGCCCUGUAUCCCCCACUCCUGUCCCCCUCCUCGAGCCCAAAACUUCUUCCCUCUCUCUCUCUGACACACUUAAGCGGCCAUCUGCUGGCACUGUGCCAGUAUCUACACAGCUAAAUGAACAGACGAUGGAUGUUUCUACAUCUCCCUUCUUCAGUGUCCCUCUAAAUGAAUCUGUGACCCCUGUUCCUUUGCUGAGCAGACCAGAUCUUGAAGCUCUGUGCGAAACAUCUUGCACUUCUAGUCAACUCCCCAAGCCACCUCUACCUCCCUCUGUCCCUGUCUCUUACCCCGUUAGCAAACCCCUACCUGCCUCUUUUACCCCAGCAGCUGUCUCUUCCUCUACCCCUGCUCUUGCACUGUCAACCACUGAUGCCCACACAGCUGCUCCCUGCUGUUCAACUCAGUCUUCUUCUACUCGCUCAGAGAUACCCAGGGAGCUCAACACACUUACAGAGGAGGAUCAAACAAACCCGUUUCUACAAGAUUUACUUGCUGAAGAACUAAAGAACUCAGAGCCCAAAACAGAGCAGCAUCGCUCUUCUCGGACUGUCUGCAGCAUUAGCAUUGCUAAUCAACAAUCUCCUUCCUCCCUCCAUCAACCUGAAACCAUCAGCACUGAAAGAAAAGAGCUCCAACCUGCCAUGGCUGUAAAAAGUCUUGGGCCUGUUGGCAAGUCAUCUGGAGUAGAGCCUGUGGAGGAACUGGACAUUGGGAAUGUCCCUCCUCCACACCCAUUCUCAGCUCCAUCAACAACAGCUCCCCCAUCAGUAGUUUCCACUCAUAUGAAGAAAAAUCUAGAUUUUAUUGCAGAGAAACCACCAUUGGCUGAGGAAGAGCCAGAUUUUAAAGUGGCCGAUUUCGAUAAAGUGAUCAUAACCUCUCAAGAUGUUACUGUUGGCAAACGCCCUGAGAAAGAACCACUCAAAAUUGACAUUGAACAACCAAUGCAGUCUAGCCUGGUUCAAACCUUUUCAAUAACCGAUGGCGCCUUACUUAAGCAACCAAAAAACACAAAAAUUGAAUCAGCAGGGGAAGUUUCUCCAAAAGAGGAACCGAACGUACAGGACACGAAGGGUGCUUUGCUUUGUGCCGACCUCAACAAGUCGGAUGAGGACAAGAUAAUCAAGAAAUUUGCCUCAACUGUGGUUAACCCUACAGAACACAGUAUCCCCAACAUUUUAUCCAGCUCAUCACCUCUAAAGCAAGAACCUAUAGAUCUUCCCAGGGAAAAAAGCCAAGUGGGGGUGGAAGAAGUCCUUGAAUCUAAAUCCAACAGUAGUUUUAGAGAGAAACAGUCCCAUAAGGAUCAUCUCGACAAGAGUUUAACUAUCCAGGAAAGUCAAAAUGAAAUGGCCUUCACUCCACUUGAAAGGCCUAGUGUUAGCCUCAAAGCGGGUGCCCCUCAAAUAUCAGAUCUCCCCAAAGAGCUUCCUCCCAUUCAUCCCCAACCCCUGGAGCCCAAAGUCCUUAAAUGCAUUUCAGAACAAACUCCAGCAGUCAGUCAAACAGCAAAACCAGAGCUGAUUCUGAGUGUGGAGAUCCAUUCACUUGCGCAAGCAGAAGUGCCAAUCUGGAGUUCUCUGGAAGAGAAAGUUAAAGAUCAGGAGGAUGAAGCAAGGGAUGAAGAAAUAAAUAAGCACAAAACACCUGACAAGAUGCCAAAAGAAGAAAAUAAAGCUGAAAUGUCCUCAAAAAAAUCUUUAGAAGCAGGCAAAGAAAAAGCUGUUAUUCGAGUCAAGGAUGCUGAAAAUCUCAGUUUAAAUGAAUCAGAUGCCCAACAGCCGAUACCCUCCAUUGUCCUUAAACCACAACAAGCUGAGACUAUCAAGGAGAAGAAAAAAGAAGCUGUUAAAGGCAGUAUACCGGUCCGUAUGAAGCCUCCACUUCCUGUGAUCUCCCCUGCUGUUGCUGUAACGGAAAAGGACAAAAGAACAUCAGUGCAUCUGGAGGAAAUUUACCCUCUGAGGCCCAGCCUGUCUCUGGAUACAGAGUCUGAUGGAAGUGAUUUAAAGAUAAAGGUCACAUUUGAGGAAGAGAGUGUGUUAUGGGCUGCGGUAGAGGAGAAAACAAAAGAAAAAAGUGAUGAAGGUGUUAGCAUGGGCAAGUUGAUACCAGAAAAAGAGGUUCUGGAUAGGGGCCAACAUGGAAAAGAAACAUCAGAAAUCAAGUCUAAGGAGCAAGAGGAUUCCUUUACCUUGUCCCAUUUCCACCAGAAACUAGAUAAAAAUGCCAACAAAGAUUGCAAGAGGGAAGACAGUAAAAAGAAGACCACUAAAGAGGAAGAUUCAGAUGAUAAGAUGCUGCAAACUGGCAAUGAGACUAUUUGGACAACUGAAGCUGGACCUAAAGAAGACCUGAAGACUGUCAGUGUCUAUUCAGAAACCGAACUUGGCCUUGAGCUUGAUGUAGGAACAGACAGAAACGUGGACUCCUGCAUAGAGGAACAUGACUCAGUUUCUAACCAGGAAGAAGUAUCUGUAGGCUUCAUUCGGGGGAUUUUCGGUGUUCUGUAUAAAGGACAAGAGGAACCCUCAAUACCGCCAAUAUCACCAAGAGAUUUCACAGCCAUACAAAAACCGGAAUCACCUCAGACUGCCUUUCCACCAGAAUCUGGAUCUAUUUUAAAAGACACUACACCAACGGAAACUAUUUCCCAACCUGCUAGCAAAGUUCUCCCAUCAUGUCAAGACAAGAGUAUGCAGUCACCACCCCCAGUGCCUUUACAGGAAGUCGGCCCUGAUACCAUCAAUCAAAAUAGUAGCUCUGCAGCUGCUAAAAGGCACGUGGUUCCACAAUGUGAUGAACAAGGAACCGCUCCUUCAUGUUUAACUAUAGAGACAGCAGCUGUAAAGACUGUUGAGAUAUGUGAAGAUGUUGCAAAAGAUACAAGUGAGAAUAACUUGUCACCACUAGAGGGAGACAAUACCAUAACCAUGUGUAUAAACAACACUUCAAAAGUUGAGAUGGAAAAAGAGAGCAGCCCAGUUAUCACCAAGGCAUCAGAAAUUAUUAUUGUAGCAGCCACAGAAAGACCGAAAGAUAUAAACGUUGAUGAGAAUGUUGUUUCCGGGAAGGACAUUUCUCCAAGGAGCUCAGUGGUCCCGUGGCCAUUUCCUUCUCCUAAACUCGAAAGACACCGUGAGCCCUCAAAAAGUACAGAAAGUUCCAGUCUAAAGGAUGAUGACCUCUCGGAGGAGAGCGUUCUGUUAGCAAAGAUUCGUCAGAUGGCUGAAGAAGAGACGACACAGCCGUCAGCUCCUGCUCCACACUCUAAAAAACGUUUGAUCCCCUGCGAGACUGAUUUUGAACUUCCUCCAUCUCCUCCCAUGCAACUAAAGUCUAGCAUGAAACCACCCGUGGAUGAGAUGAGGCCAAAUUUAGAUCAGACUGAGAUUACAAAAACACUCAGACCUCCACUGUCAGUGAUUUCUCCAGAGCAGAUAGAUGAGAAGUUUGACAUCAGUCAGUCUCAGACUCCCUCUGUGCCACUGGAGAGCUUUAAGAUAGAUGAUAGCCACAGAGAAGCUAAUGCUAGAAAUUCUGUUUUAGAUGAUAAUGUCCAGUUAAACAAGCAAGAACAAAAUAUUCAGCUGGAAUGUAUGGGAGCUGAAACGGAGUGCCAAGAUACACCAGCUGUUAAGCCCACAAACCAGACAGAGAACACAGAAACAGAAGCUGAAACUGAGAACAAGGAAGAACCAGAAUUAAGUAUUGAUAGAAGUGAAGAGGCUCAAAUAGAGCAGGAUAGACCACCAUCUCCAGUGCCUGAUGAACUGUCUGGUCAUCCCCAGGAAAAAGAGUCCUCUGAUGUAACCCCAGAGGCUAAAGGGAGUGAGACGCCAUCUAGGAGCCCAGGCAGCAUGCAGGUUAACGGCCAGACCACUGCAGACUCAUCCCAUGUGACUAUGCCUCCAAUGCGCAGUAAAAAGAAAAUAUUUCCACCACCAAUGGACCUUUCAAUAGUAAAAACAAUGGAUGAAUCCAUUAAAGACGGUUCAGCAGUGCCUGGAUGGGAUUUUGCCAGUCCACUGCCCAGUCCUGGUUUGGUGACCUCCAGUCAGUCCUUGCUGGAGUGGUGUCAAGACAUCACUAAAAACUAUAAGGGAGUAAAAAUCACAAACUUCAGCACCUCUUGGCGUAACGGCCUGGCAUUCUGUGCCAUCUUACAUCACUUCAACCCUGAGAUAAUUGACUUUGAUGCAUUGGAACCUCACAACAUAAAGCAAAAUAACAAAGCUGCUUUUGAUGGGUUUGCAUCACUGGGAAUCUCUCGUCUGCUGGAGCCCUCAGACAUGGUGCUUCUCUCUGUGCCAGAUCGUUUGAUUGUCAUGACGUACUUGUGCCAAAUCCGUGCACACUUCACUGGGCAGGAGCUGAGUGUGUUACAGAUAGAGCAGAACAACAGUCAGUCCAGCUAUGCUGUAGCCAGGCCAAACCAAGGGCCAGAUGUACAAGCAGCAGCCAAAUUCUGUGCAGAGAGAAUCCAAGCUGGAGCUCUGUCAGGAGACAGUAACAGCAAGGACUCACUGGGAGAAGAGGGAAGUGACACUGUGGCUAAGCCAAACGGAGCUCUUGUUCCUCCACCUCGGACUAAACGUGCAGGAAAGGUGGAAGAGAUGGGCAGUAAGGAGACAGAGGGAGGAGCGCAGACUCCUGUGGCCCCGCCACGAUCAAACUCAGUGGCUUCCAGAUCAGGAUUUGGCCACAUACGAGAUGCAGAUCUGGUGAAGAAAAGGCGGUCGCGACUGAAGAGCGAAUCCAUGGAUGAGACUGAUUCAAAGGAGCAGCCAAACGAGUCAGAUAAAGGUGAGCUGACAGCUGAAGGAACUAAUGGCUCAACAGCUGCCAGAGAAAGUACUGAAACUGAACCUCAGGAAGCAAACCAAGAUGUUAAAUCAGCAGAUAAUGAGACAGUGUGUCUGCAGGACACCAAUCAGUAUGUGCUGAGUGAACUUCAGGCCCUGGAAACCGAACAGAAGCACAUAGACAGCAGAGCUGCAGUCAUGGAGAAAAGACUCCGAAAGCUCAUGGAGACGGGAAGUGAUAAAGAUGAAGAAGAGAAGCUGAUUCAGGAAUGGUUCACUCUGGUCAACAAGAAGAAUGCUCUGAUCAGGAGACAAGACCAUCUGGAGCUGCUGCAAGAAGAGCAGGAUUUAGAAAGAAGAUUUGAGCUGCUAACUCGAGAGCUUAGAGCCAUGAUGGCUACUGAAGACUGGCAGAAAACUCAGGCCCAACAGCACAGAGAACAGCUACUGCUGCAGGAACUGGUGUCACUGGUCAACAAGCGGGACGAGCUGGUCAGAGACAUGGAUGCAAAAGAGAGAGGGGCUUUGGAGGAGGAUGAGAGACUGGAGAGAGGUCUGGAGGCAAGACGUAGAAAAUACAGCAAUAAGGAAAAGUGUGUUCUUCAAUAAAGAAACUUGAAUUCUUAAAAGAGCUGUGGCUCACUGCACCAGAGACAAUCCUAAAUGACUUGGACUACACCAGGACAUUAGUGUGCCUUGUUUUAACUUUCAAAGACAUUUGGCUUAAAUGUGAAGCCCUUCCUCAAAACAUCUUAAAGAUCUCAGCGACAUCUCAGUGGGAUAUAAAUCAUGUCCAGUCUAGAUCAGACAAGUUAUUCAUUGAAAGUUUGCACAAUGUUUUGAAGGUUUUCCCAGGUUUCACUGGUCGAGAGUUUAGUAUUUUAAGCAAUAUUACUUUAAAUCUCAAAAUCUGAAAGAAGGUCUUUAUUGUUUUAUUGGACAAUAAACAAACAGCCUUCAUACACCUGAAUGGUUGCAGACAGUUGAACUGAACACAAGAAAUAAUAAGAAAAGGGAAGAAUCCUGCACACUGCUGUAGGUUGCAAGAAAUCCAAUAUUUAUUGAGACUUCUCUCCCACAACCUUAGUCAGGAUUUUUUUUCCUGAAGCAAAUAAAACUGCGCAAUAAAUAAUAUAUUUCUUACAAUCUGAGCAGGCAAGCAGGGUUUUCUCUCUUUUGUAAGGUUUUUUUUUUUUGAAGGUAUAUUGAGCAGACAUAGAGACUUGCGCCAAAGUUUUUCUGUUUUUACAUUAUUUAUUUAAAGGUGUUGUUUCCUGGUAUGCCAAAAUGUCUCUGUUGGGCUGUUGUGUUGUAUUAUCAGCAAAUUAUGUUUCAUCAGACAAUAUAUGUCUCCAAAUGAAUGUAUUCAUAAAGUUCUUUUGCAUUGCAGUGCCUUUAGAGGUUUAAUACCUUUUGAAAAGGGGCUUUUUAUAUAAAAUGAAGCCAUUCUGUAUUUUUCUGUUUUAAACCUUAAAAGCUACUUCAAAAUGAAAACUAUUUAAGGAUUGUUUUAUAGAUAUAUAAAAAGUAUUUUGUCCAUCUGUACUCUUUUUGAUAUUUAAAUGUGUUAUUCAUUCCUAUUUUAAGAUUUAGGAUGUUUUAUUCAAUAAAGUUUGAUGCUGUUUGAA